AUGGACCGCCGGCCAGUGUGUGCUGCUGCUGCUGCUGCUGCAACAGAUGCCCCCGAGGCAGACGCUGCUGCAGCAUCAGCAGCAACAGCAGCAGCAGCAGCAGCAGAGGGCCCUCUCGUGUCUCCAUUGGGCCUCUCCGGGGUGCUUGCUGCGUCGCCAGCAGCAGCAGCAGCGGCAGGCAAGCAGCAAAAGCACCGCCUGCUGAGUGCUGAGAGCAGCAGCAGCAGCAUUAGCAGCAGCAGCAGCGCUGCCAAGCUCCCCGGAGCUGCUGCAGCCCCGCAGCAGCACGCAGCAGCAGCAGCAGCAGCAGCACCCCUUGGGGUGCUGCUGCAGCUGCACCCGGCGCUGCCUCCCCUGGCCGAAUGCCGCGCGCUGCAGCGCAUUGCUGCUGCUUACUGUGGGGCUGCUGCUCCUGCUGCUGCUGCUGGUGUGUCUUUGCUGCUGCCGCCAACGAUGCAGCAGCUGCUGCAAAAUGUCGAAGAGAUUUUGGCCUCUCGAGCUGCUGCGCUGCAGGGCCCCGCUGCACUGCCUGCAGCAUCAGCUGCUGCAGCAGAGGCAGCAGAAGCACCAGAUGCAGCAACAGCAGCAGCAGCAGCAGCAGCAAAGGAGACACCAGGGGAAGCUGAAGCAGGAGCACCAACAGCAGCAGCAGCAGCAACAGCAGCAGCACGCUCGUCCAAGUUCAGGAAGCGGAAGCCCCCAGGUGUGUCAGCAGGCUUUAGCAGCAGCAGCAGCAGCAGCAAGAGGCGCCGGCAGCCCCCUGCUCUUGAAGCCGAGGAGGUGCAGCAGCAGCAGCUGCAGGGUGCUGGGGUAGCAGCAGCAACAGGAAGCCCCAUGUCUGCUGCUGCAGGAGAAACUCCAGCCUCAGCAGCUACACCGGCAGCAGCAGCAGCAGCUGGAGCAGCACCAGCAGCAGCAGCAGCAGAGGGAGGCCCUGAUGCAGAAGAAAGGGCAGUGGUGCUGCUGGACUGGGGCUUUGCUGGGCAGCUGUGCGGCGCCGCAAGGCGCCUGCUGCUGCUGCAGCAGCAGCAGCAGCAGCAGAAAGAGCAGCAAGGCUGA